AUGCCUCUCCUCUUCCCCUCCCAAGACACUCUUCACAAUGUCUUCCACCCCUCUGUCCCAUUCGGACGCCGCGAAGCUCCUGCUCCUCUUGCAGCCCCCAAACGAACCCCCCUUCAAGCUCGUGCUGAGCUCUUCCCCACCUGGUCUGUGGUUGAUGAUGCAAAGAAGAAGGCCGAAGCUUUGAGCGCCGAGGCUACAAAAGAGUUUGAGAAGGCCAGCGCAAAGGCCCAAGCUAAGGCUGGGCACAUUGAAUUAUAUUCUGCCAAGUACUAUGCAGCUUGUACUUUUGGAGGUCUGCUUGCCUGCGGUCUCACACAUACUGCUGUCACCCCUCUCGAUUUGGUCAAAUGCCGUCGUCAAGUCGACUCAAAAAUGUACACUGGCAACUUCCAAGCCUGGGGAAAGAUUGGCCGUGCUGAGGGAUUCCGCGGCAUUUAUACCGGUUGGGGCCCAACCUUCUUCGGAUACUCAGCCCAAGGCGCCUUCAAAUACGGAGGUUACGAGUUCUUUAAGAAAUACUAUGGCGAUCUUGCAGGACCCGAGAACGCCCUCAAAUACAAGACCUGGCUUUAUCUAACUGCCAGUGCCUCUGCCGAAUUUAUUGCCGAUAUUGCUCUGUGCCCCUUCGAAGCCGUCAAAGUCCGGAUGCAAACUACAAUCCCUCCUUUUGCAAAAGGUACCUUUGACGGAAUCAGCACGAUCACAGCCAAGGAAGGCUUUGGUGGACUUUACAAGGGAUUGUAUCCUCUUUGGGGGCGUCAAAUUCCUUACACUAUGAUGAAGUUCGCCUCUUUCGAGACGAUCGUGGAAAUGAUCUAUGACCGUCUUCCUGGUCAAAAGUCGGAUUAUGGAAAGGGUGCCCAGACUGCUGUUUCGUUCACAGGUGGUUAUCUUGCUGGUAUUCUCUGCGCUAUUGUCUCUCACCCUGCUGAUGUGAUGGUCUCCAAACUCAACGCCAACCGCGCGCCUGGUGAGGCUUUCGGAGCUGCCAUGGGACGGAUCUACAAGGACAUUGGAUUUAGUGGUCUCUGGAAUGGUCUCCCCGUCAGAAUUGUCAUGAUCGGAACAUUGACUGGACUCCAAUGGAUGAUUUACGAUUACUUCAAGAUCUUCAUGGGUCUUCCUACCACUGGAGGAGCACCGCCGAAAGCAGAAAAGGCCUAG